AUGAAAAGACCAGAAGUAAAUAUUGUGAUUGAAAAAACCUCGUUUUUGAUGGAAAAAAUGGAAUAUAUUGAACAAUAUGGUACAAUUUACUUUGAUAGAUUGAAAAGAUUAAGACCAUUAUUAGAAAUUUCAGUAAAAAAAGUAGAUAGUAAUAUUUGUAUUGUUGAAAAAUUAUCUCAUAUUCCACAAGGAACAGUAGCUCUUAUUGGUACUUUAUUUAAAAAAUCAAAAAAAAUUCCUACAUUAUUAAAUCAAUAUAAAAGUAUUAAAAGUGUUGAUUCAAUUAGUUUUAAUGAAGAUUCAUAUGUUGAUGAUUCAGAUACUUGUUAUUUAGAAGAUAUAACAAGUCACGUAAAUUUAAUUAUUAAUAAAGAUCAAUUAGCUCAUAUUGUCAGUGGAACAGCAUUGGCUGUAAUUGGAGAAUUAAUUAAUGAUUUAUCAUUUGAAAUAAAAUCAAUUUUAUAUCCUUAUGAUAAACCAAAACCAACUAAACUAAUUGAAAGUGAAACUCAUUGUUAUAUUGCUCUUGUAAAUGAUAUCCAAUAUUCAUCUGAAAAAAAAGAUCUUAUUCUUCAUAAUAUCUUAUCAAAUGAAUUACCUUUUCCAUUAAUUGCUCAUGCUAUUCUAAUUGGAAAACAUGUUUCAGACCCUUCUUUUAUUCCUCAAUAUGAUUGGUUUUUAAGUUCUGUUUGUAAUAAUCUCAAUAUUAUUACUAUUCCAUCUCGUGAUGAUCCAACAAAUGCUGUCUAUCCUUAUCAACCAAUUCAUCCAUCAAUAUUUGCACAUGCAUCUUCAAAAUCAACAUAUCAUUCAACAACAAAUCCAUCAAUUAUAUCAUUUAAUGAUGUAAGAACAUUAAUAUUAUCAGGAGAUAUUAUUCAACAUUAUUUGAAAUUAACAACAUUCAAAACAGUUAAUGAGGUAAUUCUACAAUUGUUUCAAUGUGGACAUUUAUGUCCAUGUGCACCAUCUACAUUCCCAUGUUUUCCUGCAUCUACUGACCCUUUUAUACUUGAAGAACCAUUCCCUGAUGUAAUAGUAAUUGGAGGAUUUCCAGAACAAUGUGAUAGUUUUGAUUUUAUGGGAAAGACAAUUACUAUUGUUACUGUACCCUCAUUUGCCAAACAAAAGACACUUGUGUUAUUUGAUUUUGAAAACAAAUUAAUUAAACCAAUCAAAAUUGAUUGA